CCCGGGCCUGCAGUCGAGGAGGGAAGCACCGCCUCUCCUUGGGCCCCUUCUCUCCCCCUCACCCCUCCUCCCGGCGCCGCCAGAUGCUGCGCAGCAGCCACCGAUCCCCCAUCACAGGUUCGGCUGGCGCCCGGGGCGUCCCCGAGGCCGCGGGCGGCUCCCGCAGGCUCCCCGUGGCCCCGAGUCAUCGUCGGGACUCCGCGGUCGCGGGUGAUCGUCGGGUCUCCCCGGGCCCGGGCCGCCGGGGCGGACCAGGCCUCCGCGCCUUCCCGGGACGCCCCCGCAGGCCGCAGGCAGGAUGAACCUUCUGGCGCCCGUGCGGAGGGACCGCGUCCUGGCGGAGCUGCCCCAGUACCUGAGGAAGGAGGCCGCUCUGCACACGCGCAGAGACUUCCACCCCCGGGUCACCUGCGCCUGCCAGGAGCACCGGACCGGCACCGUGGGCAGGUUUAAGAUCUCCAAGGUCAUUGUGGUGGGGGACCUGUCGGUGGGGAAGACUUGUCUCAUUAACAGGUUCUGCAAAGACACCUUUGAUAAGAACUACAAGGCCACCAUUGGAGUGGACUUUGAGAUGGAACGAUUUGAGGUGUUGGGCAUCCCCUUCAGUCUGCAGCUCUGGGAUACCGCUGGACAGGAGAGAUUCAAAUGCAUUGCAUCAACCUACUACCGAGGGGCUCAAGCCAUCAUCAUUGUCUUCAACCUGAAUGAUGUGGCCUCCCUGGAACAUACCAAGCAGUGGCUGGCGGACGCACUCAAGGAGAACGACCCUUCCAGCGUGCUUCUCUUCCUUGUGGGUUCCAAGAAGGACCUGAGUACGCCCGCUCAGUAUGUGCUGAUGGAGAGAGACGCGCUCAAGGUGGCCCAAGAGAUGAAGGCCGAGUACUGGGCAGUCUCGUCGCUCACGGGUGAAAAUGUCCGGGAAUUCUUUUUCCGCGUGGCGGCACUGACCUUCGAGGCCAACGUGCUGGCUGAGCUGGAGAGAUCAGGGGCCCGGCGCAUUGGGGAUGUCGUCCGCAUCAACAGUGAUGAUAACAACCUCUACCUGACUGCCAGCAAGAAGAAGCCCCCAUGUUGCUUGUGAGGGGCUGCCUAGCCCCAGGGCACUGUGCCAUCUCGACUCGCCUGGAGCUCUGUCCCUGGACAGCUGCACUGACUGUUACCCCAAACCAAAGAGCUGCCCGUUGGUGGCAGUACCCCCAGAGGGGUAGUUGGGACCAUGCUAGUCACUUCCUGCCCCUGGGCACCGUACCAAAGACUGGAUGCCCCUUGAUCCAGCGACUCUCCAGGGUGCCCGGUGGUGGGAGGUGGUGCCUGCCGCUUCUGCUCAACAUGCUGGGCCUUCGGGUAGGAGGAUGCUUAGUGGUUCCAGCCUCUACUGUGCCUUAUGCAUUAAAGUCUCUGUUAUCAGCA